AUUCGAAUUCCGCAGCGAGCAACGCGUGUGACGACCUCUUGCGUGGCGACUUGAGAUGACGCCACGUCAUCGAACAUGGAGCGCUUAAUUGCCCCUUGCCCCGUUCCUGAAAUCCAAAGUGACUUCGUGGUGCUUCGUUGAGGGACGGAGUGGAGAUGAGGAAGCCCCUGUCAACCAUCGCCAAUGAUCUGCUUAAUAGAUGUGCAGAGACAUUGGACACUUCAGUUGAUUCCCUGAUUGAAGAGUUUGAGCAGGGAUUGAAGCCUGCAGUAGAUAACUACACUAGGAGGUUAGUAGAGUUCUGCUGCUCAAAGACAAUCAAAAAUAUUUGUCCCAGGGUCGGGGAGAGGAUCAGUGAUGGGUCGAUUAGCCGAUUUACUUAUGAUAUGAUGCUAGCGUGGCAAAACCCCAGCACAACUGGUUCAGAACCUUCUUCGGAGAGACUUGCAAAGGAAAAGGAAGAUAAAAGGAUACCUCUUGAGGGAAAUGUGGGGCAGAUUGACGAUGAUAUCCCCUUAUUUUAUUCAGAUAUCAUGCCUCUCCUUGUUAAUGAAGAGCCGAGUGUUGGAGAAGAUGCAUUUGUAUGGUUUGCAUGCUUAAUUCCUUUGGUUGCUGAUGUUGUCAAUGCACGGUUCACUUUUGAAACUCUUACAGCACCUACUGCCAGUCAGCUCCAUUUUCCUGCUUACGAUAGAUUUCUCAAGGAAAUAGACAAGUGUAUUGAGUACUUGCAGAAACAGGAAACACCAACUGGAGUUGAUUUAUCUGAGAAUGAGUUCAUUUUGCAUGUAGAGGGCACUUCAAAAACACACAGAGUGGUGCGACACAUAGGGGCAACGAGUUGGCCAGGUAGACUUACCCUUACCAAUCAGGCCCUCUACUUUGAGGCAUCUGGCAUAGUGUCAUAUGAAACUGCCUUAAAAAUUGAUCUGUCAAGAGCUGAUGUUGGUCAUCAAUUGAAAGAAACUUCAACAGGGCCAUGGGGGGCUCCCUUGUUUGACAAAGCAAUAGCAUAUGAGUCUUCUGAGUUAUCAGAGCCUUUGGUGCUAGAGUUUCCAGAGAUGACUAGUUCCACUAGACGCGACCACUGGCUCACUCUGAUAAAGGAAAUCAUCUUGCUUCACCAGUUUACAUCAAAAUUCAAUAUAGAACAUCCGGUGCAUGUAUGGGAGAUUCAUGCAAGAACAAUUCUCGGUGUCUUAAGGCUUCAUGCGGCAAGAGAAUUGCUGAGAAUUUCACCACCUGCUCCUGCUAACUUCUUGAUUUUCUCAUUGUAUGAGGACCUUCCCAAGGGGGACUAUGUAUUGGCAGAAUUAGCAAAUGCCGUGAAGCAGGCAACUGGCUUAAGCCCAUGCACUGCAACAUCCAUACUGAAGGGUUUAAACAUCUCCCAUAGUGUUUCCUUGUCGAAUAAGAAAGACGCCUCUGAAGAAGAAACAAGCAGUCAAGCAGAUACUCUGAAAUCUUUGGAGACAACUAUUGAUCAAGUGAGAGAAGAAGUCAAGGAGGUUAGUGUAGCAAAGGCUACUGUUGAAGAGAUGAAAGAGGAAGGAAUCAGUGACAGUCUUCUUAUACUAGUUGAGUUGGCGAGUUCGAUAAAGAAUGUGGUGCCUUGGUUACAAGUGGUUGUAUCACAGGAAAGACCAACAAUCACACUCUUCAUGAUUGGAUUGGUUUUGGUUGUCAUAUACAAGGAGUGGGUUGGAUUUGCAAUUGCUGUGGUAUUGAUGUUGGUAGUCGGAACGAUGUUAUGGGCCAGAAGGAACAGAAUCGGAGAAAGGCACAAAGAAAUUGUUGUGAGCACAUCCUCAGACAAAACAACCAUGGAAAGCAUUGUUGCGGCUCAGCAUAGUCUGAAGAACUUGCAUGAGAUCGUCAAGACGACGAAUAUCGCCAUACUGAGAAUAUGGUCGAUACUAAUUGGAAAGUCUCCAAAGCAAGCAAAUGUGGUGAUGUGGGCGAUGAUUGGAAUUGCGGUUCUACUGAUGGUAGUUCCAUUCAAGUAUAUACUCAUGUGGUUAGCGCUGUGCUUCUUUAUAGCUAAUUCGAAGAUCGCAAAGUACAUGUCCAGUGAACAGGGAAACAGGCGGCUGCGGGAAUGGUGGGAGUCGAUACCGAUCAUCCCAGUUCGAACCAUAAGCAGCCCUCCAUAAGAGAAUGGAUUUUGCUUCAUCGUAGUUUAUUCCAUCAAAUCUUUAAAAGCCUGUCUCAAAUACAGGAACAAACUGCUAUCUGGCUGUGAGGUCGCUUUCUUUCCUGGAGAUGGAAAGGCUCAUCUUCUGCUUGGCUGUUUUCCAUCUCAACAAUUAGAACUUGUAUCUUGUGAUGAUCUUUAUGUAGGUUUUUGUGCCUGAGACUGCAUGUAACUUUUUCAUGGUGGUCUUCGACAUCACUUAGCUACUCUUCAAGUGUAAAUCGUAGUACUCUUUUCAUUUCAAUUAUCGUCUUCUUGCUUUGUGGAAGGGAAGUGUAAUGAGGUCGUAAUCAUGCCUCUUAUUGAAUCCAGAUAGAGCAAAGAAUGUCCUGCAACUUGUGACCUCAACAUAUACAUGCGAACCACAAGAAGAGAGGCUAUGGUGGAAUGACUCACAGGGUUCUC